AAGUAGUCUGCGCGUGCGCGGUGCGACCAAGCACUGCCCCCCCUCCACGGCCAUCCUCUAUCCGUAACUCGUCGCGCAAUGUUUUUAAUAUUUUAUCAGGCUGUACGUCCUUCGUCGUCUGUCCAUUGUGAGACUUUGGAUUGAUUCCACUAAUCAGAGAUUGCCAUGGCGACGGUGGUGAUGGAGCAGAUUGGCCGCCUGUUUAUCAACGCACAGCAGCUGCGUCAGAUCCCCCAGCUGCUGGAGUCGGCCUUCCCCACGCUGCCUUGCACUGUCAAGGUGUCCGACGUUCCCUGGGUGUUCCAAGAACGUCACAUCCUCAGCGGUUACAGGCAGCCCGACCAAAGCUGGCGCUACUACUUCCUCACCCUCUUCCAAAGGCACAAUGAGACCAUUAAUGUAUGGACCCACCUGUUGGCCGCCCUUGUCAUCUUGGUUAAGUGGCAGGAGAUCUCAGAGACGGUGGAUUUUUUGCGAGACCCUCACGCUCAGCCCCUCUUCAUCAUCCUCCUAGCGGCCUUCACCUACCUCUCCUUCAGUGCGCUUGCUCAUCUCUUGUCUGCCAAGUCCGAGCUUUCCCACUACACCUUCUACUUCCUGGAUUAUGUAGGGGUUGCCGUCUACCAGUACGGCAGCGCCCUGGCACACUACUACUACGCCAUCGAGGAAACUUGGCACACCAGAGUGCAAGGGCUCUUUUUACCUGCGGCUGCUUUCUUGGCCUGGCUCACAUGCUUUGGCUGCUGCUACGGCAAAUAUGCCAGUCCUGCACUCCCUAAGCUUACUCACAAGCUUUUCCAAGUGGUACCCUCAGCCUUAGCUUACUGUUUGGACAUCAGCCCUGUAGUUCACCGCAUCUACACCUGCUACCAGGAAGGCUGCUCCGACGCAGUUGUGGCGUACCACCUCUACCAUGUGCUCUUUUUUCUAAUCAGCGCCUAUUUCUUCUCCUGGCCUCACCCGGAGAGCUGGUUCCCGGGAAAGUGCGACUUCAUCGGGCAGGGCCACCAAAUCUUUCACGUGUUCGUGAUGGUGUGCACCCUGAUGCAGAUCGAAGCGCUGCGCAUUGACUUCACCGAGCGGAGGCCGCUCUAUGAGCGACUCCACGGCGAUCUCGCUCACGACGCCAUCGCGCUUUUCAUCUUCACCACCUGCUGCAGUGCUCUCACUGCUUUUUAUGUGCGCAAGCGUGUGCAUGCUUCUCUCCAUGAGAAAGACGAUUAAUGAAGGCAACGUUAGAACUCAGGUUGCUUUACAGUUACCAGUACUAUUUUGUCAUCUUAUCAUUUUUUUGACAGUAGCCUCUUUAACACAAAGAUCUUGUAUCAUAGCUGUAGAGCAAAGUUGGGAUAUUGCCGACACAAACCUAUAAUUAGACACAUGAUGAUGUCAGCACGAGUGUGCCAGUAUAUGGUGGGCAUACAAAUACUUGUUAUUACUUGUCGUAGACAUUGUUAGGCAGGAAGAGCGAAUAGUGGGUGCUUUGACGCCGGGGACUGUCCGUGGGCCUGGGCCAAUAACAAAUUAUCCCACAAAUAAUGCACAAAAAACCCCAAAUAAUAUAUUGCCGAUAAACAAUAUUGUUGACAGCGUUAAUUUGAGAUCUAAUAGUAAUAAUAAUGCAAGUAUCCCUUUUUAAUAAACUUUUUGCAUUGGUAUUCUUUUUACUGUUCAGGUCAAGAAUGCUCAAAUAUGUUAAAUAAGGAAACAAACAUAAAAACAAAAUUGACUGUCAUUCCAAAAAUAUUGCAAAACGUUUUUUACAGUUGGAAACAUUUUUUUUUUGCCAUCACUUCCCAACUAUUUUGGCUUACUGGCUUUUUGUCCGUGUUGAUGAACUUAUCUUGCUCAUUUGGUUGGAAAAAAUAUUUCCCCACUGAACAUUCGGCUUCACAAUUAUAUUUCCCCCCCCAUAUUUUUUUUAAAUUUGCAGUGCUUCUUACUAGCGAGUCGUGACUAGCCAGGGGGCUAUGUCCGUGCUUAGUGUGUGUGGGAUAGCGGCCCCCAAAAAUUAAAAUACAACAUUUUUAAAAUUUAAAUAGUUUUUAACAUUAGUGAAAUCAUUUUUUUUCUUAGUUGCCCAAUAGUUAUUUGAUGACUGAGCUCCAUUGAUAAUUACUGGCUUUUAAGGACAAAGGAAGCUUAGCCCCGAAGAGAUGUGUGCAAAUGUAGCACAAAAUGGUAGCAAAGUCUUAAGAAAUUAUUUUUUUACAUUUUUUUUGAAAACUGAAAUAUUUAUAAUCAUUCUGUAUUUCAGUGAAUAAUGACAAUGUUUGUUUUAACUCAGAUUAUGACACUUGAUAUUGAUUUUGUCGACAGUUAAAAAAAACAAACACCAAAUUAUUGUUGGGGGCUUAAGAAUAUUUUAGGAAGGCUUUGUCCCCCCCAAAACAGGCGUUACGACACCACUGAUUUUCAAAUUGGCAUCUUUACUAAUUCUUUUCUCUUGUUUACUAACUUGUCCAACCUUUGAGUCACUCUCCAGUUCACUGGUAUAUGUAAGUGACAGGAAGAAAAGUUCUUACUUGAGUUCUGGAGAAGCCAUUUUGCAUCAACCUUUUCUCUCGGUCAGGAGCCCCAAAACCUGCGUUAACUACGUAAUGGCAAUCUUGAAUCCUACUUUACAUUAACUACAUCAACGGUGCAAACACAAAAAUUAUGAAGAAAUAAACGCACAUUGAACAACCAAAAGAGCAACUACCCUCAAGCAAGCAUAAGUGUCUCUAGCCAUCUCCUGGAGAACUGAACCGUGUCAAAGCAUUCAAUUUUUACACGUAAAAUGCCUACCAUAGCUCAGGGCCACUAUAGAUGCUGGUAGAAGUAUAACAGGUUUAUUUAUGUGGUUAAAACGAGAUUCUGAAGUAAAUACUUAAUAUUUACCCCGAGGUAUAUAGAGUUUGAGACCCCUGCUCUAGGGAAAACAUGUCCUUAUAUUUGGGUCAUUAUCACUUUUAAUUUUGUAUGCUAUAUAAUGUCUGAACAGGGGCCAAAUAUUAUUUAUAUAUAUAUAUAUAUAUAUAUAUAUAUAUAUAUAUAUAUAUAUAUAUAUAUACAUAUUUCUUAAAUUUGGAUAAUGUCCAGACUAGGGAUGUAAUGAUAAACAGUAUUAAUGAUAACUGCAGUAAAACUCCAAAGGUUUGUACUAGCGUUUUAAAAAGAAAAUGUUACAAAAACCAAUGAUUGGGUAACUGCACUUUGAUAAACUCCCUGACUGCUGCCAGCUCGCUAGCUACAGUGCUGACAUGAAUACAAGAGACAAUGUAUUUCCUCAUAAAAUACGACAUACUGUCAACACAUUGUGGUCUGAGCAACUAAGACAUUCUAUUGUGCACAUUGAACCUACAAGCUGUGUUCUCUUAGUGAUUGUUUGAUACUCAGAGGAUUACGAGAAGGAGUUUUUACGAGGCGUUCCAAGGACCCCUGAACAGAGGAGGACGCCACAACGCCCGCCAGAAUGAACGAAUAAUAAUGAUAGAUUUUUUCACGCACUCUUCAUUUAAAUACAUCUUUCAGUGCUACAGUUCAAACCAAUAUUUAAAACCAUUAAAACAGAUUAAAUACUAAGAUAGAUACUAUCAGUGAAGCAUAAGAAAAACAAAACAUUCUAAAGGGUUCGUCUAUUAAAUUUAGUUACUAAAAAAAAAAACUUGGUCAAAAGAUUUAAUUAUGUGCAUAAGCACUUUUUGCGCACAUUCAACAAUACUGCCAUGAUAAUAAUCGUGAUCAUUUGGGUUGCAAUAACAGUGAUAUACAUGUUUUAUAUUGGUAUAUACCUACUACUGACAUUGAUUCUCAUAAAUGUAUAGUAGUAGGAAAAACCUGAACAGAAAAACAUCGGUAAGUCUAUUUGACAUAGCUUUAUGUUGACUUAAUGAUGUUUUUUCAAUUAAACGUGCUUUCACAAGGUCAAAUGAGGAUGAGCCUCGUUUCGACUAAAGUUUGAAAACCCAUUUUGCAAACCAAAUAUUGUUCUUUCUAAAAGGGUACACUUUGAGCGGCGUUCUGUCGAACAGUGUGGAGGCUGGCACUCUCCAGAAGGAUGAGAGAUGACUUGUUUUUGUUCUAACAAUGUUGAUAUUUGUACUCCAAAGGGCUGCAAGUUCAGCUUUUGCCUUCUUGUCCCACUUCCCAUGAUGUCAAAGCUUUCUGUGCACCGUGGUCUUCGUUGCUUUGUGUGACAGCUCGCUUUUCGCUAUGAGUUUGUGACUGUGCGAUGACAUUGUUUGUGCCUCUAAGCAUGUCUUUUGGUAUACAAUGCGGACGUUAUCGUGUGAAUGUAUAGAAACGCUUUCCCGCUCCACGGUAAACAAACAAUUUUCCUGCAGAAAAAAAAAAUGUGCCGCUUAUCACUUUCAUCUCCGUCUGAUAGCACUAAGAGAUAAAAGAUAAUUUUUUUGCUUCUGCAGUUUUCUGCAUCUUUUGAAACGGUUUGAAUAGCUAUGAAUACAUCAUUUUCCAAUUGGUGCACUCUUCCUUUGAAGUAUCCAUUUAAGGCCCUGCCUCACUGACCAUGUUGCCAAGUUUGAGCUCACAAAAAUGAUAAAUGUCAAAUAUUUUCGUUAACGGGCACGGCAGCGCACUCUGUUCUUGAUGGUGUUUAAUGAAUGUGUUUUUGUAACACUGGAUGGCACUACUGAAGGAAUUCUGGGGAGGACAGGAUGCUUUAAAUGUCUUUAUGGGAGCGCAUGUGGUGAGAUUGGAACUGAGAAUAAUCAUGCACUAAUUGAAUUAGCACUGUACGUACUGUGGCUGGCCAUGUUGGCUGUGUUUACAUGCAUGAUUUUUUUUAUACUAUUGUGGGUAUUUUUGUGUUACUAUUUUACCACAUUCAUCCAAUUGGAAAAGUAAUUCUGUCAUACAUCAAAACAUGUUUUAAAGUUAAAGCCAAGUAUUUAUUUUAAUUUAAGAUAUAAAUGCACUUACACCAUUUUUUUUACCCUUGUAUGAGUAACUGGGCGGAUUUGUGAGCAGUAUUUUUGCUGCAAGUACAUUGUUACGUAUUAUGUAAGUUGCAUGCAGUGAAAAUAAUGAGCUGUUAACUGGAACAUGGGCAGCACUAGUAUAAGUGAAUGUGUAAACAAAGCCUCCAAUGACGCCACCCAUGUUUGCCUUCAUUCUAGAAAGCAGGCUGAGAAGGACCAUAAUGUCUUCUGCCUCUUGACUCAAUGUGUGUGACUGUACUAAUGUUCUAUAUUAAAGACAAAUAAAGUGUUACUAUACCUCUUUAA